AUGAGUGGUAGUGGGGCAAAAGUUGCUGUAACGCUUACAUUAAUUGGAUCAGCAAUUGCUAUUGUAACAGCUAUUUCUGUUUGUGGAUUAUUAUUUAGUCAAAUUAAUAAUUUUUAUGAUCAAGCUAUAUUAGAUAUAGAAGAUUUUAAAAAUGUUGCAAAUGAAGCAUGGGAAAAGAUGAUUGAAACUGAUAAAAUUAUUGGAAAAUACAGAUUUGCAAGAGAUGCUAAAUAUGGUGAUGAACCAAAUGUACCAAGUGGUGGAGGUUAUUCUUCUCCAAGUGGAUCUAUUUCAUCAGCUGCAUCAAGUGCUUCAACUCCAUCAGGUGGAAACUCAGGUUCAGGAUCAUCCGGUGAAGCAGGAGCAUCUUGCCCACCAGGUCCACCAGGACCACCAGGUCAAGAUGGCCAAGAUGGAAUACCAGGAUUAGAUGGUGAAGAUGGUAAACCAGGAAUUGCCGCACCUGUUUCUGAUGCCCCAGCCAAAACUGCUGAAUGUCAAACAUGUCCACCAGGACCACCUGGACCACCAGGACCAGACGGCCCUGCUGGACCUGCUGGAAGCGAUGGAGAAAGUGGAAAACCAGGUCCUGAUGGAAAACCAGGAACUCCUGGAACUGAAGGACCACCAGGACCUGCAGGACCUGAUGGAAAACCAGGUAAAGAUGGAGAAGCUGGACCAGCUGGAGCCGAAGGAACAAAGAAAACCGCACAACCAGGACCUGCUGGACCAGCCGGACCACCAGGACCUGAUGGUAAACCAGGAACAGACGGAGAAAGUGGAAAAGAUGGAAAAGAAGGUCCACCAGGACCAGCUGGACCAGCAGGUGAACCAGGACCAGCAGGAACUGAUGGUGAAGCUGGAGCUGCAGGAUCACCUGGAGAACCAGGAACUGAUAGUGCAUAUUGUCCAUGUCCACCUCGUACUGGAGAACUUUCUAAAGAAAAAUCUGAUUCUAAAGGUUCAGAUUCUUCUGUUUCUGCUGCUUCUAGCUCUUCCUCUUCAUCCUCAUCAUCAAGUGCAUCAGCCAGUGCAUCAGCUUCAUCUGCAACUGCUGAGGCAGCACCUGCAGCCGCUGAAGCAGCAUCUGAAAAAUCUGAUGGAGAUUCAGCAGGAUCAACAGCUGGAAUAAAUUCUGUUGCCCUUAAUACAAAAGGUGAAGGUGAAACAACAGCAACAGAAACCACAGAAGGUGGUGGAGAAGCAGCUGCAGCACCAGCAGCAGUUGAAGCAGCAGCAGGAGGUGAUAAAGCACCAGCAGCCGCUGAAGGAGGUGAUAAAGCAUCAGCAGCCUCUGAAGGAGGUGAUAAAGCACCAGCAGCCGCUGAAGGAGGUGAUAAAGCAUCAGCAGCCGCUGGAGGAGAUGAUAAAGCAUCAGCAGCCGCUGGAGGAGAUGAUAAAGCAUCAGCUGCCUCUGAAGGAGACUCAGGAGCCGCUGCUGCUGAAGCCUCUUCUGCAAGUAAAGGAGAUUCUGGGAGUAAAUCCGAAUCUGGAUACAAAUCAGGGAGUAAUUCUGCAGUCGAAAGCGCACCAAAAUCAGGAGGAUAUAAAUCCUUGUAA